AUGACUAGUGGUGAUCGAGGAUAUAGUAUAACAAUGAUUGGAGUAAUAAAUGCUGGUGGUGGCUAUAUGCUUCCAAUGUUGAUUUUCCUUCGUAAGAAGUUUAAGGACUUUAUGUUAAAAGGGGCCACAGAAGGUACACUUGGUGGAGCAAACCCAUCAGGAUGGUCAAAUGAAGACUUGUUUCUAGGAUUUUUGAAACAUUUUGUAAAGCACACUCGUUUAAGUAAAGAAAAUCCUUCUAUUCUUUUACUUGACAAUAACGAGAGUCAAAUCUCAAUACCAACAAUCCAUCUAGCAAAAUAUAAUGGGAUUACAAUGGUAACAUUUCAUCUACACAUUAGUCAUAAAAUGCAACCCUUAGGCAGGGGCGUAUUUGGUCCAUUUAAGACAUAUUACAACAAUAAAAUGAGGAAUUGGAUGUUAAAACCAGGCAAUACUGGGAAACCAGCAUCUAUCUAUAAUGUAUCAGAAAUUGUUGGACAAGCUUUUCUCUUAGCUUUUACACCAAACAACAUUACACACAGUUUUCUAGUAAGUGGCCUUCAUCCACUGAAUAAAAACAUUUUUAAAGAUUAUGAGUUCUUGCCAUCCACUAUAACAGAUCGACCGCAACCUGUGUCUGAAGACCAGCCUGGAAACAAAAGUAAGCAUAUUGAAGACUUUUUGAGCAGAUCUAGACCCUCAACUAAUACUGAUGUAACUAGCUGCAGUCUGGCUUCUUUUACAAACCAGAUCAACGCUAACAUUUUAUCUCCUGAUAUUAUUUUACCUUACCCAAAAGCUCAACCACGAAAACAAACUGGAAAAGGUCGUCCUAAGAAAAAGUCUUGCAUUUUAACUUCCAGUCAUGUAACACUUCAAAUUAAAAAAGAAAAAGCUAAAAUUAAAAAAAAAUCUUGCAAUAAAAUGAAACGCAAAACUGAUAAUAAACAACCGGAACCUGUUUUGAAAAAAAAAGCUGAGUUUUACCUUGGAACAAAGUACAGAAUUAGAGGAAAAUGUAGAUUUAGUAUAGGAUAA